AUUAGCUUUAGGUAAAAUUUUUACCAAACAUUUCGGAGGGUUAGAUAGAUAUGUAUAUGUUUAAAUACAGUUUUUGUUAUUAGAGAAUGAGCAGUAGAAAGCUGAAGGUGGUUGGGGGAUUAAUGAAAGUCCCCGAGAGAGAGUUAAUGGGCGACAUUUUGUUGCGCGAGAGCACCGAACCGUCGCUCCCGGUGCACGUGAACAUCGGAAAGCUGCUCAGGACGGAAGAUGGACAGUACAUGGACAUGGAGGACAGAGACGAUGCCGCCAAGAAAAGACAGAUAGCCAACGCCAAAGAGCGGCUCCGGGUUCGGAGCCUGAACAGCAUGUUCUCGUAUCUGAGGCGGAUCGUACCGGUCAUGCCCCGCGACCGAAAGCCCAGUAAAGUGGACAUGCUGAAGGCGGCGACCGAAUACAUCCGCCUGCUGUCCUCCGUGCUCAGCGACACCUCAGCACACGUAAGCGCAGAUCAGAUCUGUACACGCUUCAGGAUUUUUAUCAUCGCGAGUCCCGGUUCUCCGGUGCUGAUGAUGAAACGUUCUCCACAGAGCCACGGAGCUUCAAGUGAGCUGCUGGACACCAUGAGCAGUUAUUCCCACUCAGAUGACCGGUGUGCUGACCUGUGGAGUGUGGACGAUGUGCUCGACUCUCUGUCCAGUCAGUCUUUAACGGUUACUCCUCCGUCCAUCACUGCAGAUGAGAUGGAUCUGAGCGACAUGAGCAUGCAGUGUGCCGUCCCAGUCUACAUCAUACAGGUUGGAUCUGACCACACACUGGUAAGGAAUCUGCUCAACUUAAAGCUGAACUCUCUCUCUGCCGCCCCCCCCUCUCUUUCUCUCUCUGUCUCUCUCUCUCUCUCUUUCUUUCUUUCUUUCUUUCUAGAAAGUUCUAGCUGUAUUCUAGCAAUAUUGUGACAUUUUAGAAAAGUUGUAAUUCUCCAUCAGGUCAGGUUCAGUUCUGAGUUUUGGGCUUCCUUCACAUUUUUCUGGGCCAGAAAUUAGCUCCACCCACCAGCUGAAGUGAAGUCACUCUGUUUCUUUAAAAGGCACUUUGUAUAAUAGACCCAGCGUGAUUCCCAUUACAUACAGAGGAGUUUUUAUCUGAUAGAGAUGGUCUGAUCCCCACAGCAGCAUGGAUCUCAGAUAUCAGAGGAAAAAAGAUGGAAAUUGAUCGGCUCAUGUGACAAAUGGAAAAGAUCGGAAUUUAAAAUAUUUUUAUAGCUGGAAAUGUUCACAUGUAAAUAGACAAGUGGUGAACCGGUGACAGGGUCAUGGGUGGUCAAGGCUCAUUCAUGCAUUUGGGGACCGAUUAGAAGGCUGGCCCGGGUGAUCCGAUCCAACAGACCAACUACUGUUGCUCAAAUUGCUGAAGACGUUAAUGCUGGUUCUGAUAGAAAGGGGUCAGAAUACACAGUGCAGGACAGUUUAUAGCUCCUUUAUAUAUAUAUAUAUAUUUAUAUAUAAUAUAUAAAAGGGAACGACUGUUUACAGCUGCUAUAAUGUAAGUGACAUUCCACAGUAUUAGGAGUAACCAUAAUAACUGGAUUGAAAUGUGACACCUUGGUGAAGUGCUGUGGUGUCAGUGGAAUGAAACACUCAGAUGUGCCAUUAGGAAUCUGUUGUUAAUUAGUUUCCUGUAACAGCAGGAAUCACUGUGUGACUUGCAUCAUUUAUUAGAUAUUUUUAGAGUUGAUGUAUUUAUACCUCAUGCUUCAUCACACACUAAGAUAAACUCCAAGAUACAGAAGCCUCCUAUCUCCUUUCUCAUCGUUUUCUCCAAAGGGAUUGUGAAGAAUCGAUGGAUUUCCGGGCAGGCAGCGGGAUUGAGGGUUUGAGGAGGAAUCGGUUACGGUAUUGGAGUCAGGGAUUCAGAGUUCAGGGGAAUGCGAAGGGCAGAACGUCUUCCAAGCUGCAGCAAGAAAGCUCUAAAAUUACAGACCACUCCUUUAACGGAUCACACGGGUCAGCGUCAGAUAACAAACGAACUGAUCUCUUCCCUGCAGGUCUAUCAGACGAGGUGAGGACGAGCGCUGCUGCUGCUGCUUCCACUGAAUACUGAAACAUGAAUUUAACCUUGAAUGAAGAAAGAUUGUGGAAACAGUUUAUUUUUAUGUAAAUAGUUUGGUGUUUAACGUCUAGACAGCUGCUCAAGGAUUGUGAUGAGUUUUUGUCUGUGUUGAAGUUUAAUAUUCUGAAGCAGCUUGGGGGAUUUGUGGUGUUUGUUUUUGUUUUUUUCUUUUCUUUUUAUUUUUUUUUAA